GCACAAAACAUGGAGAGCCACUAAUGGAGCACAUUUUGUAGCUGCAGCUGCCCAUGAUUAAAAUCCUGUAUUGGUUGUUUAGCUCAGGUAUCACUCACACAACAUGGCACCUCUUGCCUCUCCCUCCGGCUGCGUCAACUGCUCUCGCCUCGCCGAGAAGAUCACAGAGCUGGAAGGAUGAAUAUCCACACUGUACCAGAUCCGUGAAGCUAAGAUGUUAAUGGACACCAUCACAUUCGGCCCUGCACAAACUGGCUCCCUCUGUGCUUCAGUCACCGAUACAUCUGCCUCCGGUCUUGUUGCGGCUCCUAAGGCCGUCAAAACUACAUCUCCUCCGAGGCUUGUCACCGCCGCCGCUGCUGCUGCCCCUCCACCGGACUCCGUCCCCGGUGACUCCUGGAUACAUCUGGGGGCUAAGCCUAAAGCCCUGAUCAGCUCCACUCCAUCGGACCCGGAGCCCUGGUCCCUAGUCUCUGUUUGCGGCAGGAGAGGGAGCUGCUCCUCUCGGGCACCUCACCAUAACAUCCAGCUGGAGAAUAAGUUUGCACCCCUUACUUUCCCUCCUGUUGAGGAGCCCCAUCGCUCUCCUCCUCCAUCUCCACUGCCGUCCCAGGGGUCCCACGGCUCACCGUCACCUCCAAGGUCUUCUACUGCCAUACCUGAGACCCUCUGCUCCAUACCACUGUUUACACCGGCACCACAGAGCGCUCCCGCCCCCCUCUCUGUCCAUCUCUCUCCAGCCACUUCGUCGCCUCUGGCAAAGUCUCCUCCACCAACCGCUCCCUCCACCUCAUCCAGCCCAGAGACCCCGCACUCUGCAUCCCCUCGCCCCCUUUUUCCUCUGACUACAUUAAAAAUCGGGGACUCAAUAACAAGAAACAUUCACUUUUUUAAUGCCGUAGCAGCGCAUUUUUUCCCUGGAGCUUCAUCAGUGGACCACUUUCUCCUCAUGGCUGUGGGUCAGAAAAGUUCACCAGAGUCCUCCAGCUCCACACCUGGCUCUUGUCUGUCUGCAGAGCACUCAGUGUAGGCUUCAUAGAUAAUGUUAACCUGUUUUGGAAUUGCCAAUCCUUUUUAAAACCCGACGGUAUCCAUCCAAACGGACUAGGCAGCCACAUGUUAAAAGCCAACCUGCAGCACACAGUGCAAUCAUACCCACUUGACUGACUGUUUACUCACCUCUCUGACACACACACAGGUCCCUCCCUCUUCUUCUAUGGUGCCCUCUCAGAAUACCACUGCCUACGUAAACUCCCCAUACAGGCCUCAGCUGUCUUUACACCCCUUUGCCGCUGGUCUCCCCAUUGAGACCAUUGUGACAGUCAGACCCCUCCACCCUCAUGCCAUUUUCAAAGCUGUAAAUAAAAAUUAUAGCUGCUACGCAGCAAUGGUCGGGGCCGGGCAAUUUUAGGCAAAAUAAGGCAAUUAUGAGCAAC